AUAUUAGUAAGAAUAUUUUCACCGAGUACCUACCUUUAUACCAACCAGUGAUCAUUCGAACAUCCUAUAAGCAUUUAUUCUUGUGAAAUCGAUCCAUUUAUUCACCUUUUCAAUUUAAGAGUUAGACUCACAGUGAUAAGUGUAAUAGACAUGGAUAAACCAAAAGUCGUCAAAAAUGUAGCAGUGAUAGGUGUCGGGGCCGCUGGUCUCGUAGCCAUUAAACGUGUAACAGAAGAUCACCGGAAUUUUACUUGCUGCGCUUUCGAGUUUACUGAAAAUAUCGGUGGAACUUGGGUAUACACUGACAGAACUGGAAAAGAUGAAUUCGGAAUACCAAUUCAUUCUAGCAUGUAUAAGAAUCUAAGGACUAAUUUACCCAAAGAAGUCAUGAUUCUGCCAGAAUUACCGCAUGAAACUCCGACAGAUCGAUCAUAUCUAACUUCGGAUGAAGUUUUACAAUAUUUGGAAUAUUACACAGAUUAUUAUGAUUUGAGAAAAUAUAUCAAAUUUCGUCAUUUUGUAAAAAAUAUCGCCCCAAUGCCGGAGGGAAAAUGGAAAAUUGAAGUUAUCGACUUUAAGAAUAAUCAGAAAGAAAGUGUUUACUAUUUUGAUGCUGUUAUUGUGUGUGUUGGAAAAUUUAGUAAUCCGGUCAUUCCAAAGAUAACGAAUAUCGAAAAUUUCAAAGGAUUCCAACUGCAUAGUCACGAUUAUAGAAAACCUUGUAAAUUUAAAGAUCAAACGGUUGUUAUUAUUGGUGGCAAAUCUUCGGCGUUGGAUAUUUCGUUUCAUAUGUGUACAGCUGCGAAGAAAGUUUAUCUGAGUCAUCACAACGAUAAAAUUCGUCAUAUCCAGUUCCCCAAUAAUUUGGAACAAAAACCAGACAUUAAAGAAAUACAAGAUGGCGAUAUCGUAUUUGUUGAUGGAUCAAAAGUGUCUGCUGAUACAAUUUUGUAUUGUACAGGAUACACUUGUAAAUAUCCUUUCCUCGAUCCCAAAUGCAAAAUCACAACGGAAAAACAAGUAGUUAAACCGCUUUAUAAACAUUCUAUCAAUAUUGAACAUCCAACGAUGUGUUUCAUCGGAAUACCUAGAACUUGUCCAGGAUUUGCAUUGUUUGAUUUACAAAUUAGUUGCUUCUUGAGUGUUCUCGAAGGAAAAGCUACAUUACCUAGUAAAGCAGAAAUGCUCGCUGAACUCGAACGUGACAUAAACGAACGAAGAAAAAUAACAGGAAAUGAGAAAUAUUAUCAUUUGCUGAACGAAUACGCUGUUGAUUAUUGCGAUUCGGUUGCAGAAUUUGGAAAAGUGGCUAAUGUUAGGCCAGUGGUGUUUAAAAUGUGUUUCGAGGGUUUGAAAAGGGGUGUCGAAGAGUUCCCUCAUUACAGGAAUAAUAUUUAUCAUAUAAUUAAUGAUCGAGAAUACGUGUAUUAUAAAUCUUUCGUAGAUUCCUUAUCAUUGUUUUGUAUUCUAGGAAAAGCUAUGAAAAUAGCCAUCAUCGGUGCCGGACCAACAGGUAUUGCAGCCACUAAACGUGUCAUCGAACCGGAUCACAAUUUCGCCUGCUGUACUUUCGAGCUAUCCGAUAGAGUCGGUGGAACUUGGAUUUAUAGCGACGAUAUUGGCAAAGAUAAACAUGGAAUACCGGUUCAUUCGAGCAUGUAUCAAAAUUUAAGGACGAAUUUACCCAAAGAAGUGAUGAUUUUGCCAGAUUUACCCUACGCGAGGAUAAAAAAUAGGUCUUAUUUGGAUUCAGAUGAAGUCGUGCAGUAUUUCGAAGAUUACACGGAUUACUACGGUUUACGAAAAUAUAUUAAAUUUCGUCAUUAUGUUAAAAAUAUCGCACCAAUAGCCGGAGAGAAAUGGAAAAUUGAGGUUAUCGAUUUGAAUAAUAAUAAAGAAAGUAUUUAUUACUUCGAUGCAGUUAUCGUAUGUGUUGGAAAAUUCAGCAAUCCAUCAAUUCCAAAGAUUAAGAAUAUAGAAAAUUUUGGCGGAUUACAACUGCACAGUCACGAUUACAGGGAACCGUCAAAAUUCAGAAAUCAGACAGUCGUCGUGAUCGGUGGCAAAGCUUCAGCGUUGGAUAUCUCAUUUCAGUUGUGCAAAACUGCUCAAAAAGUUCACUUGAGUCACCAUAAUGAUAAAUUUCGUCAGAUUCCAUUCCCGAGCAAUUUGGAACAAAAACCAGACAUCCAAGAAAUUCGUGGUAAUGGAAAUGUUGUUUUCGUGGAUGGUUCGGAGGUCUCGGCAGAUACCAUUUUAUAUUGCACAGGAUACGUUUACAAAUUUCCUUUCCUGGACCCCGAAUGUAAGAUCGUCGUAGAAAAUAUGGUGGUCAAACCUCUAUACAAACAUUUCAUCAAUAUCGAGCACCCUACAAUGAGUAUUAUGGCAAUUCCAAGAACUUUUGCUGGUAUCGCAAUAUCUGAUUUACAAGUAACCUGUUUUUUGAACACAUUAAAAGGAAUAGUAAAACUACCCAGUAAAGCAGAAAUGUACGCCGAAUUUCAACAAGAUUUCAACGAGCGACUCAAAAUAACCGGUGAUGAAAAAGAAUACCACAUGUUGGAUAAAUAUUCUCGAGUUUAUUGCGAUUCGGUUGCAAAAUUUGGCAAAGUACCUCCAGUUAAACCAGUGCUUUUUGAUAUGAUAGUCAACAGCAUGCAAAGGUCGCAGAGUGAUUGUAUGAAUUACAGGAAUACGAUUUACGAGGUGGUCGAUGAUGAAAAUUAUGUUUUGAAGGAAUUAAAUCAUAAAUAAUAAGUGCCUACCUAUUUACCUAUUCAAUAUUAAUCAACUGAUUGAUAUACCUACCUAGUUACCUACCUACCUACCUCCGUAUGUAGUGUACCUAUCUAUUUUAUUAUUUCUAAUAUGUAUAGAUAUUAGAUAUAUAUGUAUUGAAAUUCUUGUAAUACAAGGGAACCUUUUGAACUCACACUCUGCCACUUGAAUCACGAUUUUUUUUUCGAAAAUACCCCCUCUUUGAUGACCCACAUCUCCCUUCCAAGGCACCUACGGAACUAAUUUUCCUGAGAUACUUUCAACUCAAAAUUGUGAAUUUGAAAUAAAUACAGAACAUACAAAAAUCAAUUUUUUUAAUAAAAAAAAAUGUUUAAUGAAAAAGUUCUAUAUACAAAAAAAAAUUAAAUAAAUAUUCACAGCAUUUUGAGGGCAUUUAAAAGUCAUUAUCCGUUUUAUACGAGAAAUAAUUUUUAAACGGAUUGUACGGAGUUGACGAAACUCUAUUAUAAGAUGGUUGGACAUCCGCACGUAGUAUCACAACACCUGUGGACAAAAUAAUAAUAACCAAUUUCAAUCAUCACCGUUAAUUAAACAUGCACUUUUAUUAAUCGUUAUGUACGAGUAGGUACAUCUAUAUGUAUAAUAGAUUAGAAAAUAUCAACAACUACCUGAGGGAUUGACUUUGACUUUAAUUUUAGUUUGUGGACUAAGUACUCCGUAAUCCACAUCUUCAUAUAAGUCCUGAAACAUGAAACUCAUUGUAUCAAGUUGCAUUUUAUAUUGUUCGAAUUAAUAUAGAAAUUCAACUCACUUCUAUUCUAUAUCCUCCUGGGGCUAAUAAUCCCAUUUCGGCUAAGGUAACUGCAACGUCCGAUGGUGUACCAUCUGUUCUUCUGUUCAAGAAAGCGAUCGCAUACGAGAAAAAGUUCUGGAAGAACGGCGUUAUUGGUCUGGCCCAGAUUUCUAUUCCUUUGUGCUGACAUAUUACAGUACCUCCAGUUAAAAAUUACACCAUAACUAACUUAUUUGUAAGUACAUAUAAUGCUAACUAUUAUAUAGGUACAAAAUGACGUUUGUUUUUGAAUUUCCCUCGUUUUUAUCUCAGCAUCUCGCAUCGCUGUGAGUCGAGUUAAUUCAUUUUGUCAAAAUAAAUAUACCUUUAACCAAAGUAUUCCUAGGUUCCAUAUAAAUACGAAUACAUUAAUCUUUAUUUAA